ACGCACCGACGCGACUCCUCGCUCGUUCGUUCCUCCUUCCUCGCGCGUCGGCACUCGCUUACGGGCCCCUGCUUGUCUCCUCCCGCCCCAUGUCCCGCGCACGGGGGCCCCGCUGAGUCCCAGAGUAUGCUCAGUGUCCGCUCGGCCUUAGCACGCCCCGUGCCGGCAGAACGAAGGACGGGAUACGCGUGCCUUCUAGAAGGUUUUAAUGCGCGUCGCGCCGCAUUCGUCGCAUUAGUAUUGCCCGUGAUCGUGCCAUCCGAUUGACCACGACGACGUCACGGGGUAGUUCCUUAAUCGUUCAGUGUCGCGAUUAAAGACGGGCGCGCGGGGCCCGUGAUCAUGACGCCGAUCCACGAGCUGCGCCAGGAGUGCUCUGAAAGCAGCGUCGACGUGAUGCGACGCGCGUUUGAAACGGACGUCCGAUCGACAACCAUGAGAUUUCAUUGACGAGUAACACGCGCGGCUGUCAUCCGCCGCGACUUUUUGCCAGACUUGCCACGCAUCAGUCGCGACUGGGCCCGAGACGCGAAUCGAGAUAUCGCGCCAUCGCACAUCGGGGCCCGCCGCCUGACUACCUUUUGUACCGCGUGUCACGUACUACAAAACGUUAAUCGGUGCUGUACUACUAGUUACACGUACAGAUUGGUCUCCAAUCUUUCGCAUCACUUUAUUCGUCUCUCUUUAUCCUUCAUGAGUCUUUGCUCCUCUUCUUUCAUUGUGACCGCUUUCGCCAAGAGCCUGAAUCCUCUCCCUUUCCGCCUUGUUUUCUUUGAUCGUCCUUUCUUUCUUCUCUUGCCCUCCCUUCGUUCCCUUUACAUCUUCACGUCGCCCUUAUUGUCCGAGACCGAGGUCGCGAGUAUGUGGCGUUUCGCGAGCGCGCGUGCCAAUCGAGAAAUGGUGAACGAACGGCGCGAUGAGUCUGACGCUGCCGGCGGCGAGACGUUCGCGAGACGACGACGAUACGGAGCCACGGCAUCGCACGAUUGAGUCUUCCAUUCUCGCUGCGACUGCUCGCUCCAACGCGAGGCGACUCAAUCGCGACGCAACAUACUGCUGCUCCAGCAAGUACCUCUACUUCAAGAGGGAUCUUUAAUUUAUCGAAUAUCGCGAUACUGUCGGACAUCUCUACCCUGUAAUAUUGAACCAGAAGAGAUUGUUACAUCCUCUCUAGAUUGGCGUCGAUUGAUGCAAAAAAGAUGGCAUCUCUGGAACCUGUCGGUACAUUCGGACUCGUUGUUCUUCCGGUUGUGCGCAACAUCAACCUUUCAGCAUGAUAGACGGGAUUAUAAUGGAAGGUGCAUCAGUAAAUUGUCUUUGUCAUUAGUGCGAAGAUGCUUAUGGGAGAAGUCACAUUAUAGGAUGCGCCUCUGAAAAGUUGCGAACAAUAAAACGAAGAAAUCAAUUAACGAUUAUUAGAACAUUUUGUAAUGCUGAUGCCUAUUGAUAUCAAGGAAAAUAUCAAUAAGCGAGAGAGAUAAAGAAUGUAUCCCUCAUUAGCUCCUCCAACAAAACUCAAGAAUAAAUAUGGCCAUAAAAACUAGCUGCGAAAGAUAAAACGUCUCUUCGAUGAACUAUCACGAGUUCUUCCAGGAAUGCGAAGCGCCCCUAAUGCAAUCAAGAGCGGGUACCAUCGCGAGGGGCAUUUAAUACGCUUAAUAUCCACAGAAGGGUUUCUCUACGGAGAACAAAAACCUUGGUGUCUCGAGUGGCCUGAAGCGUCGCCUUAUUAGCUUUUGCGAGAGGACGACCGGCGACCGCGAAAAGGACAUAAUAUACCGUUGGGGGGAAGAAGGAAAGGAGCAAGAGACCCCGCCGGCGUUCUCUAGAUUAGAAGGUCUCAGCACGACGAUUAUUACCGUCGAGGCCGGGUUCCACCGUGAAGCGCGCAACGCCGGGAGGAAGAACCGCGGGUGGAAAUCGAUCUUAACGACCACCGUCCUCGUCGGUCGGGUCCGGAUGUUGUUGCCCGCUUGUCGCCGUCGGUCGCGCAAGAAGAAGAAACAUGUCGAGCUUGGCGCGAACGAGACGUACGGCGGUGCUGGGCUCGAAGCGAUGGUGGCGAGGUGGAUGCUGGGCGACCAGAAGCCAUCAGGAAGCGUACCUGCGUAAACUCUAUGGCAGAAAGAAUAACGACGCCAGGACGAGCAUUGGCCAGAACGAUGAGGACGUCGCGGCUCGAUCCGCCGGCAUCGACGCACCCUGGAUGACAUCCGGCGUCGUUUAUGAUUUGCCGACCACCACCGAGGAGCAUUAUCUGGACGCGUUCCUGAGGAACCGCGUUGACGACGGUCACGACGUAAAUGGCCACGUUGAAGAUGUCGUCGCCGCGAUGGUCGGCUGUCCGGCGUUGGCGACGUCGCGGGCCAGCCCGACGGAGAAGUGCGUGGAGUUCUUGAAGGGCGCUCAUCACGACGACGAGACCAGUUUCGAUCGUCGUGCCGCGGGAGAUGCGGAAUGCGGCCGCGUAGCCGACUGCGGUUCGGUGUAUUCGGGUUACGAUGUGGCUGCCGGUUGUUCGGAAAAGGUGUGCAGGAGCUGCAGGUGUCCACGAGAGGAGCACCAGCGGGCUUCGACGGAGGCGGGCGGUCCCUCGGGACUUGGCCUGGGCCCAGGUUCGCCGAUGGCGAUGGCCAUGGCGUUUCCAACCGGCGCCGGUGGUGCGCCUCAUCAGGAACCGUUCAAGAGCCCGGUGCAAGCCGCACCAGCCGGCUUGGCGUUGCAGGAGGCCCUGAUGCAACAUCACCAAAGGCACUCGCAGAGCGACGACGACAGCGGCUGUGCACUCGAAGAGUACACGUGGGUGCCGCCCGGAUUGAGGCCUGAUCAGGUGCACCUGUAUUUCAGCGCACUGCCGGAGGACAAGAUCCCGUACGCGGGUAGCGCCGGCGAGCGGGAGCGGGUGAAGCAAUUGCUGCAGCAGCUACCGCCGCAUGACAACGAAGCGCGAUACUGCAGCGGCCUGACCGAGGAGGAGAAGCGCGAAUUGCGCGUGUUCGCGACCCAGCGGAAGCGCGAAGCCCUCGGCCGCGGACACGCGAGCCAGCUCGAGCGGCCGCAUGGCGCCGGAUGUCGCGAGUGCGGACGCGCGAUCGCGGCUGGUGAGAUGGCUGUGGCCGCAAGUCGUGCUGGACCCGCCGCUCUCUGGCAUCCCGCCUGCUUCGUCUGCUGCGUGUGCCGUCAGCUGCUGGUAGAUCUGAUCUACUUCUGGCGGGACGGUAGACUCUACUGCGGCCGGCACCACGCCGAGACUCUGAAACCCCGAUGCUGCGCCUGCGAUGAGAUUAUUCUCGCCGACGAGUGCACCGAGGCGGAGGGUAGAGCGUGGCACAUGCGUCACUUUGCUUGCCUGGAAUGUGAUCGACAGCUUGGCGGCCAGCGGUACGUGAUGAGGGAGGGCCGGCCGUACUGUUUGCGCUGCUUCGACGCCUCCUUCGCCGAGUAUUGCGACAGCUGCGGCGAACCGAUCGGCGUUGACCAGGGCCAAAUGUCGCACGAGGGUCAGCACUGGCACGCGACCGAGGCCUGCUUCUGCUGCGCCACUUGCCGUACCUCCCUCCUGGGCCGGCCGUUCCUGCCCCGACGUGGUGCCAUUUACUGCAGCAUAGCGUGCAGCAAGGGGGAGCCGCCAACAACACCGAGCGACUCUUCCGCUGGGCCUCCACCGCCUCCGCCGUCGUUUCUCAGAGGUAGGAGACAAACAGUAGCUACGAGCGAGGGUUCAUCGAGUCCACCGCCUCCGCCACCACCUCCGCUUCCUCCAGGUUCGAGGCACACUCUCGGAUCUCCUAGGAGCUCGCCUCGGAUGACAAAGAGGCAUCAACAGAUUUCCGCUUCCUUGGCGACGACACCAACUCAGAGCACCCUGAACCCAGAGUUCGUUUCGGAAGGACUACCCACCAGCGGAUCCAGACCCAGCGGCCUCGACAGGGUACUUCUGGAACGAAAUCUUGAGAGACUGCUGCAGGAACGCGGAUCUCACCCUGACGAAAAUCAUAGCGAGUUGGGAAGGUUGAUGCAAGCACGAGAUCGAGAACCCCUCAGGUGCGUCCAAAAUUGCACGCCUUCUCAUGCCUCGAGUAUGCCAGAAUUGCCGCCACCCCCGCGGCCCUCGUCGCGAGCAUCGGCGUCAGCGUCGACAUCGACCGCCGGUGCGGCCUCCGCCGGCACACUUGCUCAAGAGCCGGCGACGUCGCCGGUCAGCCCCGGAAUUGGAUUCGGAGCCAAUCAGACAGAUUCGCCGACGCCAACGUCGCGACGCGUGCGAUUCCAGGGGGAUGUGGAUGUGAACGAUCACAGUACGACACCGCGCAUCCCCCUUUCGCCGACGAACGACCGAAAUUCAUCGUCAUCGCCCUCCCCACCGCCGACGUCACUGUUAAGGACGAACGUGUCGCGAUCGAAGAGUCUGCAACCCGAUGAAGUCGCCAGCACGUCCACUUGGGGAACGGCAGGUACGUCCAGGUCAAGACUGGACGGUGAGGACGAUGACGCCGAGAGCUGCUGCUCGACGUGCAGCUCAUCCAGCAGCUCGGAUGAGGCCGCAGCCUACGCGCUACCUCCCCGAAGAGCUUACGGUGGCGUCAGGAUCUCCUACGUACCGAACGACGCAGUGGCAUGCGCACGGAAACGUGCACCAGCAUCUUCGUCGCCGUUGAAUCAGGCUCAGAAGGACACCGAAAAGUGCGUCAUAUCUUGAUGAUCUCUCGAACGACUCAUGUGUCGCGACAUCGCUCCGUCGCCGUGACCCAUGAUCACCGGGGAGGAAACGACGCCAGAGAAACAGAGUUCCUACGAAGUGGAUGCAUUUUUCGAUACCUUUGGCAAGCGCGGUCGGCAUCUGCAACGUUGCGGCACGUCCCGCACGCAUGUGGAAGAGCACGUUCGUGCGGCAACGUUGAAAACAAAAUACUCAUUUGGUUUGUGUAAAUAUCAUGAGCUCUCUCUUGCGGAGCGAUCACUGCGCAUUGCCUCGUCGUUUAGUGGUCGCGUCCGUCCCUCUAUUUUUAAUAUCCCAUUAAUGUAUUUGGUAAUAAUAAUGAUAAUAAUGAUAACA